GCGGUAAGGCGUCGUUAAACGCAGUAACCCGUUAACGGAACAAGAGAAGAGGAAGAACCAUAGCAACGAUUAAACAAAGAUGGCGGUGUCAGCGGCGGUGUUGUGUUUACUCCUCUCGUUUACUGCCCUAACUACAAGCGAGAACACAACAAGCUACAACUUUAAUACGACGUUUGGUGACUGGGAGUAUAACGCCACUGACAGUGAUGUUACACAGCCGACACAGUUUUACUCGACAGCACCGACAGCACCGAGAGCACCGAGCCCCAGCGGAGUGGAGCCCCUUGAGCCGGGCCUGCCCGUGUCCGGCCAGCUGCUCUCCCCUGUCACUAACGUUGGCAGGUUGUGUCCCUGUGAUGAGCACCAGGAUGUGUGCGACAUCAACUGCUGCUGCGACCCAGCGUGCACGGACGAGGUGGCUCUGUUCACCGGCUGCUCAGUGGACACUGUCAGUGGCACAAAGCAGCUGUGCAGCCGCGAUGUGGCGUCCUACUCUUUAGCGAGCAAAAUAGAUGGCUACUCAGAGCUGCAGUCGUCUGUCCGGAAGGAGACUAAUUAUGACAUCUUCUGCAUUCAGUCACAGAACCGCGUUGAUGGGUUUUCUCAUCCCGCUCCCGCUCUUCCAACUGCCAGCAGCUUUGACUCGCUCUUUAAAGAAUUUACCGGCUUUAUCUUUGGCUCAGAGAAGAACACUGCGGAGCUCCCGGCCUCAUCUGGAUACCAGUUUGGGGAUGUGAUGCUGACAGCAGGACGGAGUGGACAGAGAGCCAUGUUCCCGCUGCCAGCUGCUGGUCUCACUGCUGACUGUGUGGACACCAGUCCUGCAGCGUUCCUGAAGGAUCGGAGCGGUCGGUGUUCCCGGCGUGUGGUCCUGGAGCGGGACUGCAGCUCUCUGCCAGCCCUCAGCAUGGACACCUACACUUCCAUCCAGCUGUGUGCUGGGAAGAAUAAAGACGCAGCAGUUGUUCCUGUGGAGGUGUCUUCAGUCGUCCUGCAGUCUGUUGACGGGACUCAAACAGAGCUGGCGGACAGCGGGGGAGAGAGGCUCCGCCCCGUCCUGCUGAAGCCGAGCCUCUGUGCUCAUGUGGUGCUGCAGGUUGCCUAUGUGAUAAAGUACGACCCGGCUGGCGAGGUUGUGAAUGCGACGGUGUCUCUGGUACUUGGAUUUGUCCGUGCAGCAGCUCUGUCCCUGGAACAGGAGUUUCAGAUCACAUUUGCUCAGGAGGGUGGGGAGGACGUGGCCAUCCACUACAGUGGAAAUCCAGGUUAUGUGGUUGGACUACCUCUUGUGUCUGGAACAAGAACAGCAGAAGGGAUUGCUCGGAGCGUGAGCGGCAGAGACACUCUGUCUCUGCUCCACAGUGCACAGGACCAGGACUGUCUGCAGGGACCGCACCAGCGCUCCCCGGUCCUGUUCGGGGUGGACUCUGUGUCCGGCUGCACAUUAAGACUGGAGGACGCUGCCAACUGCUCGCUGGUCUCUCAGCUGCUUCUGGACCUUCUGAGAGGACCAAAGCAGGCCCAGUUUGUGGCUUCUUUUGGGAACUCCCCGUUAGACUAUCCACUGGACUGGGUGCCGAUCAAGACCAACUUCAACCCUGGGGAAGCACAGAGUUGCAGCCUCCCAUUGUCACUUCAUUUAGAAAUUGAAUGGACUAAAUACGGAUCCCUGGUGAACCCCCAAGCUCAGAUUGUGAACAUCAAAGAAGUCAUCCAAACCAACACCACCAGUUUGGACAUGUUGUCUGGAGGCAGCAGCAUCGUGUCCGUCAGGAGCUCAGCGGCCUUCGUUCCAGUCUCUGCUGCUGCUCUUCCUGGUUCCAGAGCCACACCCACCAUCAACGCAAGACUGCCCUUUGACUUUUUCUUCCCUUUUGUCUGAACGCUCCACAUGGGUUCCACUCACCAAGUGUCAGGUCCAUUUGACCAAACACACCGGUUUGACCACGAGCACUGUUUGUAUGAUCACUGUGUUCCUGUAGAUUGUGUGAAUAUAAUGUAUAUACGAUGUUUGUAAAAAGAUUUAACAAAUGUUUUUUUUUUAAUAAAUGAAAUCACUUCA